AUGACGGGCCUAAAGCACCUCCGGAACACGGGGGCGCUCGUGCCCGCCUCAGAAGUUCUGCUGCAACACACCCCGACCAGUUCAUUUAUCGUCAAGCUCCAGUGUAGGUUGGAGGGGCUUAAAGAUGAUCGCAGGAGGACCUUCAACUCUCGAGUGCAGUCACGAUGCAGCAGCAAAGAAAAUAUCCUAAGAUCAAGUCACAGUGCGGUGGACAUCACAAAGGUGGCCCGGAGGCAUCGCAUGUCCCCCUUCCCCCUCACCUCCAUGGACAAGGCCUUCAUCACUGUGCUGGAGAUGACCGCCAUCCUAGGCAACGAGAUCAUCAACUACAGAGACGGGAUGGGUCGGGUCCUGGCUCAGGACGUUUAUGCCAAAGACAACCUUCCACCGUUCCCUGCCUCCGUCAAGGAUGGCUAUGCUGUGAGAGCGGCCGAUGGGCCAGGUGACCGCUUCAUCAUCGGAGAGUCCCAAGCUGGAGAACAGCCCACCCACACAGUGAUGCCGGGCCAGGUGAUGAGGGUGACGACGGGGGCCCCUAUCCCGUGCGGGGCCGACGCCGUGGUCCAGGUGGAGGACACAGAGCUGCUCCGCGAGUCUGAGGACGGUACAGAGGAGCUGGAGGUUCGUAUCUUGGUUCAGGCCCGUCCAGGCCAGGACAUCCGGCCAAUCGGCCAUGACAUUAAGCGCGGGGAGUGCGUGCUGGGUAAGGGCACCCACAUGGGGCCGUCUGAAAUCGGCCUCCUUGCCACGGUUGGCGUCACCGAAGUGGAGGUGCAGAAGUUCCCCGUGGUGGCUGUCAUGUCGACAGGCAACGAGCUGCUGAACCCAGAGGACGACCUCCACCCAGGGAAGAUCCGAGACAGCAACCGCUCCACGCUGCUGGCCACCAUCCAGGAACACGGCUACCCCACCAUCAACCUGGGCAUCGUGGGAGACAACCCCGAUGACCUCCUCAACGCUCUGAAUGAGGGAAUCAGCCGUGCUGACGUCAUUAUCACCUCAGGCGGAGUGUCCAUGGGAGAGAAGGACUACCUGAAACAGGUGCUGGAUAUUGACCUCCAUGCUCAGAUCCACUUUGGCCGCGUCUUUAUGAAACCAGGUCUCCCAACAACAUUUGCCACUAUGGAGAUGGACGGUGCUCGCAAACUUAUCUUUGCCCUCCCAGGUAAUCCCGUGUCUGCUGUUGUUACCUGCAACCUCUUUGUCAUUCCUGCUCUGAGGAAGAUGCAGGGGAUAUUAGACCCAAGGCCGACCAUCAUCAAAGCCAGGUUGUCCUGUGAUGUGAAGUUGGACCCUCGCCCUGAAUACCACCGCUGCAUCCUGACCUGGCAUCACCAGGAGCCUCUACCGUGGGCUCAGAGCACAGGGAACCAGGUGAGCAGCCGGCUGAUGAGCAUGCGCAGCGCCAACGGUCUCCUGAUGCUACCUCCCAAAACGGAGCAAUACGUGGAGCUGCACAAGGGCGAAGUGGUGGACGUCAUGGUGAUCGGGCGGCUAUGAUGUCACCGCAGGGGGACCGAGAGAGCUUUCACAUGAUAUGAAGGGGUCAGAACGGGUGGUUCACGGUGCAUGUCCACAUAUCAUUGACUAUUCUGUAAUAUGCAACGGCACAGCUAGUUUUUAUUGAUUUGGAUAACGUUGAGGUAUAGUCAACAUCUUGAUCACAAAAACCUAGAUACAUAUGAAAAAGAAUAAUUAAUUUAAAGGAAAAAAAAAGAUUAUAAUAUUUCAAACAAAGGAAGUAUAACUUUUAAUGAAAAAAAAUCUAAUUAUAAAAAGAGAUUUAUUCUGUAAUAUAUUAUUAUGAUUAUUCUUCUUAUUAUUAUCAUUAUUCUUAUUAUCAUUAUUAUAUUAAGGCGACUUUGUUCCUUUCAUUGCAAUUGCUUUGUGUGUUCAACGCUAGACCUUAUCUAUAGCAGUAGCAUUUUAAUAGACAGCUGUAGGUGCCUGCCAGGACAAAAAAAGAUAAAACUAUUAUUUUCUCAUCUUUAGUGGAUUAAAAAAAAAUCUGUUUUUUGACAAUGAAGAAAAACUUUGCGGAGGAUUUCCCACGGUGCUCGGGGGGGUGGGGGGGAGGGGGGGGGGGAGUGAAAAAGGGGGGCGGGUGAGGUGUGGAGGCGCCCGUCCGAGUUGACACUUUGGUUUUUAGUCCUUUCUUUCUCUCAUUAGUAUGCAUCAUAAUGGCUUCACAAAAAGAGCUUUGCUUGUUGUUUAUCUUGUGAGUCUUGUUUAUGUGCGCAGUGCCAAAUGCCUGGGCAGGGGGGGUGGGGGGACAGGGUGGUGCUGGGAUGAUGGUGGGGUCGGGGGUGGGGUGGAGAAAACAGGGGGACGGGCGGGGGGCACGGAGGUCAGGGAGGGGGUGACCGCCCCUGAGUCUGGCCUGCACAGGCCACCUGAAGCCUCCUAAUAAUCACGGUGACCGGUUGUAAACACGCACACACACACGCACACACACACACACACACACGCACGCACGCACGCACGCACGCACGCACGCACGCACGCACGCACACACAGCACGCACACACGCACGCACGCACGCACGCACGCACGCACGCACGCACGCACGCACGCACACACACACACACACAACACACACCUCACGUGCACACACAAAAAUAAUAGUACUACGCCCACCCAUCCCCAGCACCCCUCCCCCUCCCCUCCCCUCCCCCCCCCUCCCAGGCGAGCAGAACCACGGGGAAAUAAUAUUUUAUUUGAUCUACUAUCGAAGAACAAAAAAAGAUAGGGGGAAUAGAAUGAGGGAUAAGAAACAGCUUCUUUAAGUGCUGACAGCCUUUUUAACCAACUUCACAAAAAAUGUACAGAAAAAAGACAAAUAAGAAGAACCAUAUUGUACAGAUAUAUAGGUGACCAGCACUCCUAAAGAAAUUAUUAAGCAAUGAGGAGACAUUGAAGAACGCUGUACUAUAACAUUUUCUGUAAUGAUAUGAAACUGAUGAAAGAGACAAAGAUAAUAAAAAUCCUUGAUCAUUAUGUAAAAAAAAAGUUAUUGUUGGCUUUCCUUUUUUAAAUAAAAUAUAUUUAAAGUGAACAAAGAAAA